GUCACACUCCAUACCAGUAGACGGCGGUAAUGCACUUUAUUUGCCACACGAUAAAUACGAAAUUCCUUCCUGGUUCCGUACGAAACCAAAGGGGCUCCGCUAAAUUAUUCGUCCCGAUUUAGUCCUGAAUUGACUGAAGCCUCGACACAGAACGUCCAUUACUACUUUACUGGACUAAAACGUCAUUAACUCAAAUUUCGUGUCCUGUUAAAUUCGUCUCGGUGCACGCUUUCGAAGCCGUUUUAGCUUAGCUUAGCAUAACAUAGAGAUCGACGCGUUUGUUAGGGACACUUCACCAAUGAGAGAUCAAGUGUGAAAGUGUUGUGAUUAUCGAGUGAAAAUGUGUGAAAGACCGACAGCAGAAUACGCGGAGGAACUUUGUGAAAAGAAAGAAGAGAACGAACGUCAGCGGCUGGACGCUGUUUACAAGCAGCCUCGAGUUGUGUUUUAUACAGCAGACAUCAGUGAAAAAUAUCUUCGUCCUGAGCAACAAGAGCCCCCUCACAUUAAAGAGGAGGAGGAAGAGCCCCUCCACAUUAAAGAGGAAGAGGAGCCAGAGACCCCCUACGAUAAAGAGGAGGAGCACAAUAAUAUCACCAAUUUGCCAACGUACUUUGUUUCAUUGAAGAGUGAAGAAGAAAAAGACUAUGUUCAAAGUGAGGAGAGCAGACAGGCGGGGGCUCCAAGCAGCAGCUCAAGUCAACACAUGACAACCGAAGGUGAUCAAGAGCAAUGUGGAGGAUCCCAAGAAGAUAGUGACAACAUAAAUUCAAACUCUCCUGUUGACUGUGAUGGUAAACAGUCUGAAGGUCGCAUGACAUGUCACACUGACAACAAAUGUUCUCAUUGUGGGAAAACAUUUAGUUCUAAGGGGAAUUUGAACAUUCACAUGAGAAAACACACUGGGGACAAACCUUUUACUUGCUCAGUUUGUGGUCAAAGCUUCACUGAAAGAGGUACUUUGACUGUGCACUCAAGAACACACACUGGUGAGAAACCUUUUAUAUGCUCUGUUUGUGGCGAAAGCUUCUCUGUAAAGGCAAGUUUAACGAGACACGUAAGAACGCACACCGGAGAGAAACCAUUUGCGUGCUCAGUUUGCGGAAAACGAUUCAUUGAAAAAGGUACUUUGAUAAAACACACAAGAACACACACUGGGGAGAAAGGCUUUGUCUGUUCAGUUUGUGGUAAAUGUUUCUCUGAAAAAGGCACUUUGAGAAAACACACAAGAACACACACUGGAGAGAGAGGUUUUGCUUGCUCUGCUUGUGGUAAAAGCUUCUCUAUAAAGACAAGUUUAACAAGGCACACAAGAACACACACUGGAGAAAAACCUUUUACCUGCUUAGUUUGUGGCAAAAGCUUCCCUGCAAAGUCUUGUUUAGCAAGGCACACGAGAGUACACACUGGAGAGAAACCUUUUGCCUGCUCAGUUUGUGGUAAAGGUUUUGCUCAAAAGCCAAAUUUAACAGCACACAAGAGAAUACACACACGGGACAAACCUUUUGCUUGCUUAGUUUGGGGUUAAAUAUUCUCUGAAUAGACGUGUAACAAGCCACACAAAAACACACAAGGGUGAGACAUCUUAUGUCUGCUCAGUUUGUGGUAAAGGAUGCAAUAAAAACACAAAUUUAACAACGCAAAAUAAUACACACAGAGGAUGAACCUUUUGCCUGUUUAGUUUGUGGUAAAAAAAAACGUAUAUAAAGGGCAAUUUAUCAACACUCAAGAGCACACACUGGUGAGAAACCUUUUGUUGCAGUGUGUGCUAAAAGAUUCUCUUGUUAACAGAAUGUUGAGAGAAAAAAAGUGUGCUGGUGAGAACAGUGGUGGCCAAUGAAGCUGCGGCUUAAAUGGAAGAAACUCAUCUGUGUUGGGGAUCAUUGAUUCAUUCCCUACUCCUUAAUCACUACAUGGAAAUUUUCUAUAAACAGUAGUGGAGUAUGUAGUUGACUUAUCAGUCAAUUUAAAAAUGGGAACACGUAUUGGUGGCAUGUCCAGUGACAUUUUUUUCUUAAUAUGAGCACUGUCCAAGUUCAGUAAAAGAGGAAAACAUUAUUUGUGUGCAGAUAAGUUUUUGUUGUUGAUGUGCCAAUUUAUCAAAAGGGAGACAGUAAUUACUUUUUACUUUUGUACUUAGAACAUGUCAGAGUCUGUACUUGUUUACUUGAGGACAGGAUGUGAAUCUGUGAAUCUGCUUUUACUAUGAGUCUUAGUUUACACAAGUACCAGUAUAUGUACUUCUGCUGAAGCACAGCAAGUGAAUACUUUUGCGCCCUGAUUGUUGGAUACCUCUGAAAGAUUAUUCUCAACGAUUAGCCUGUGGUGGCACCACGGUGGACGACUGGUUAGAGCGUCUGCCUCACAGUUCUGAGGUCCGGGGUUCAAUCCCCGGCCCCGCCUGUGUGGAGUUUGCAUGUUCUCCCCGUACCUGCAUUGGUUUUCUCCGGGCACUCCGGAAUUCCUCCCACAUCCCAAAAACAUGCGUGGUAGGUUGAUUGAAGACUCUAAAUUGCCCCUAGGUGUGUAUGUGAGUGAGUGGUUGUUUUUUUAUGUGUGCCCUGCGAUUGGCUGGCAACCAGUUCAGGGCGUACCCUGCCUUCUGCCCGAAGAUAGCUGGGAUAGGCUCCAGCACUCCCGUGACCCUUGUGAGGAUAAGCGGCUCAGAAAAUGGAUGAAUGGAUAGCCUGUGGUGUAACGUGUUGUAAUUCUUGGGGUAUUACCACCAUACAUGGCCAAAAGGAGAACAUCUUUUUUGUUGUCAUUGACCGUGAAGAUGAUACACAGUGGAUCCUUAUCUAUAAUUUUUCUCAUGUGAUGAAUAAAAUAUCUUAUCAAUGAA